GGGGCCUAGGAGAAGCCGGCGUGGAGGUUGGGAGUGCGGCCUGAGGCCUGUUCUUCUUUCGGCAGCUGCCCGGCCGGAGAGGACAGUUCCAAGAUGGAGGCGACAUUAACUGCCAGUGAAAUUCGUCAACGCUUCAUCAACUUCUUUGUGGAGAAUCGGCACACGUAUGUGCACUCUUCCGCCACCAUCCCUUUGGAUGACCCAACUCUCCUUUUCGCCAAUGCUGGCAUGAAUCAGUUCAAACCCAUCUUCCUCAACACGAUCGACCCCUCUCACCCCAUGGCCAAACUGUCGCGAGCUGCCAACACUCAGAAGUGUAUCCGUGCCGGCGGGAAACACAAUGACCUGGACGACGUUGGCAAAGAUGUCUAUCACCACACUUUUUUUGAGAUGCUGGGCUCCUGGUCUUUCGGAGAUUAUUUCAAGGAGUUGGCUUGCAAAUUUGCCCUGGACCUGCUCACCAAAGAGUUUGGAAUCCCUCUUGAGAGGCUGUACGUCACAUACUUUGGUGGCAACGAGGCAGCUGGUCUGCAGCCAGAUUUAGAUUGCAAACAGAUCUGGCUGGAUUUAGGUCUUCCAGAGGACAGGAUACUUCCUGGCAGCAUGAAGGAUAACUUCUGGGAAAUGGGUGACACUGGGCCGUGCGGGCCCUGCAGUGAGAUGCAUUACGACCGGAUUGGGGACCGAGAUGCUUCACAUCUGGUCAAUCAAGAUGAUCCUAACGUCCUGGAAAUAUGGAACCUGGUGUUCAUACAGUUCAACAGGGAGGCUGAUGGGACCCUGAAACCUCUUCCCAAGAAAAGCAUUGAUACGGGCAUGGGCUUAGAGAGGCUGGUGUCCGUGCUGCAGAACAAGAUGUCCAACUAUGAUACAGAUCUCUUUGUGCCUUACUUUGAGGCCAUCCAAAAGGGCACGGGCUGCAGGCCAUACACGGGGCAGGUUGGUGAAGAUGAUGCGGACGGCAUAGACAUGGCUUAUCGUGUACUUGCUGACCACGCCCGCACCAUCACGGUGGCCCUUUCUGAUGGCGGAAGGCCUGACAACACCGGGAGGGGGUAUGUUCUGAGGCGCAUUCUUCGCCGCGCGGUCCGCUAUGCCCACGAGAAACUCGGUGCGCCCAGAGGGUUCUUUGCCACGUUGGUUGACGUCGUGGUGGAGUCCCUGGGCGGUGCCUUUCCCGAACUGAAAAAAGACCCAGAGAUGGUGAAAGAUAUUAUCAACGAAGAGGAGGUCCAGUUCUUGAAGACGCUCAAUAGAGGGAGGCGCAUCCUGGAUCGGAAAAUCCAGAGCUUGGGGGACAACAAAAUUAUUCCUGGAGAUACAGCCUGGCUGCUGUAUGACACCUACGGCUUCCCUGUGGACCUGACCGGGCUCAUUGCCGAGGAGAAGGGCCUCCAAGUCGACAUGGAGAGCUUUGAAGAGGAGAGGAAGGCUGCCCAGCUGAAGUCCCAGGGCAAAGGGGGAGGCGACGAGGACCUCAUCAUGUUGGACAUCUACGCCAUUGAGGAGCUCCGCUCCAAGGGACUCAAAGCCACCGACGACUCUCUGAAAUACAACUACGCAUCUGAUCCCAGCGGCACCUAUGAGUUCCAGAGUCCGGAGGCCACGGUGAAAGCCCUCCGCCGGGAGAAGGCCUUUGUGGAGGAGGUUUCCACGGGCCAGGAGUGCGGGAUCGUGCUGGACCAGACCUGCUUUUAUGCUGAGCAGGGAGGACAGAUCUACGAUGAGGGAUACCUCGUGAAGGAGGAGGAGGAGGACGGCAGUGAAGAUAAGACCGAGUUUACCGUGAAAAAUGUCCAAGUGCGCGGAGGGUACGUCCUCCAUGUCGGCACCGUCUAUGGCAGCCUGAAGGUGGGAGACACGGUGCGCUUGUAUAUCGAUGAGCCGAGGAGGAGGCCUGUCAUGAGUAACCACACAGCCACCCACAUCCUCAACUUCGCCUUGCGUGCUGUUUUGGGGGAAGCCGACCAGCGCGGGUCCUUGGUCGCCCCGGACAGGCUCCGGUUUGAUUUCACGGCCAAAGGCGCGAUGUCCACUCAGGAAAUCAAGAAGGCAGAAGCAAUUGUGAAUCAGAUGAUUGAGGAAGCUAAGGUGGUGUAUGCCAAGGAGUGCCCGUUGGCAGCGGCCAAAGCCAUCCAAGGCUUGAGGGCAGUGUUUGACGAGACCUACCCUGAUCCUGUCCGAGUCAUCUCCAUUGGCAUUCCCAUUGAAGACAUGCUGGUAGACCCCUCCAACGCUGCAGGCGCCAUAACAUCUGUUGAGUUCUGUGGAGGAACGCAUUUGCAGAACUCCAGCCAUGCCGGUCACUUUGUCAUCGUGUCAGAAGAAGCCAUUGCGAAGGGCAUCCGGAGAAUCGUGGCGGUCACUGGAGCAGAAGCCCAGAAAGCCCUGCGGAAAGCUGAAAGUCUUAAAAAGCUGCUUGCUGGCCUAGAAGCCAAAGUGAAGGUGCAGACUGCUCCGAACAAAGACGUCCAACAUGAGAUUGCAGACCUUGGCGAGAGCCUGGCCACGGCGGUCAUUCCCCAGUGGCAGAAAGAUGAGCUCAGGGACUCCCUCAAAGCCCUGAAGAAGAUCAUGGAUGAUUUGGAUCGGGCCUGCAAAGCUGACAUCCAGAAACGAGUUCUUGACAAGAUGAAGCAGCUGAUUGAGGCCCAUCCUAACCAGCCGCUGGUCAUUUUGGAAAUGGAGAGUGGAGCAUCUGCAAAGGCCUUGAACGAAUCCUUGAAGCUCUUGAAGACACAUUCGCCUGAAACGGCAGCCAUGCUUUUCACCGUGGAUAACGAGGCUGGCAAAAUCACCUGUUUAUGCCAGGUUCCGCAGGAGGUUGUCAACAAAGGCCUGAAAGCUAGUGAAUGGGUGCAGCAGGUGUCGGUCCUGAUGGAUGGCAAGGGGGGCGGGAAGGACCUCUCGGCUCAGGCGACCGGGAAGAACACCGACUGCCUGAAGGAGGCCCUGGAGGUGGCCGCGGACUUUGCCAAGCUGAAACUGGGCGAGCUGAAGAACUGACACACCCCCCCCCC